GCUCCAGCUCACGCUCAGACUGCUGAGAAAUAGCAGGCAGAAGAUGGCUGAGUCGACCGGGCAUGGUGAGCCCGCAACAGCAGCACCAACAGCAGCAGCAGCAACUUCACUGGGGCUUCUGGCGUGCCUGCCAUUCGCUGCCUCUCUUCAACUCUGAAACGGCCCCGCCUCGCUCCGUGCCGCGCGCCCCCGGGUUUUUGCCCCCAAAUAUUGACAGAGAAUUAAAGAAAACAUGGCUGAGAUGGAGAAAGAGGGAAGACCCCCGGAAAACAAGAGGAGCAGAAAACCAGCUCACCCCGUAAAGAGGGAAAUUAACGCGGAGAUGAAGGUCCCGGCCAAUCGGCCCCUCCCAGAGGCGGGGCAGGCAGGCAAUCUCCAUGGCAACUCGCCCUACUUGAUGAGUUUUGCCGAAAACACAAUGAAUGAAUUACUUGGGUGGUACGGAUAUGACAAAGUGGAGUUACGAGAUUCAGACGACAUUGACAUCCGUAACUACCCUGAUGGAGAAAUGCGGCAACACAUCUCUGUCCUGAAAGAGAACUCUUUGCCAAAAGCAUCUACAAUAGAGAACAGCACUGGUUCUCCUCCACAUGCCAACAGCUCUGGCUCUACUCCCACAUCACGGAAUGGAGUGACAGCCGAGGCAUCCGCAAACCCCUCCUCCUCUAAGGAGCACGGAGGCCUGCCAAUCAUAGUGCCCUUAAUCCCGCCCCCUCUGAUUAAAGUACCAGCAGAGGAGGACACCUCUAAUGUUCAGAUAAUGUGUGCGUGGUGUCAGAAAGUAGGAGUAAAGCGUUAUUCUCUCAGUAUGGGCUCUGAGCUGAAGAGUUUCUGUAGUGAGAAAUGCUUCGCCGCCUGCCGACGUGCCUACUUCAAACGCAACAAGCUUGGAUAUGUGAGGAAUUGCAGUGCCAGAGAGGAGGAGGGCGUUCCACACCACAGCUUGUCCAAAGACACGCCCAGACUUGUCCUCAAGACAAACAGCGAUGUGCUUGUCUGCGACUGGUGCAAACAUAUCCGCCACACUAAGGAAUACCUGGAUUUUGGUGCAGGGGAGAGGCGGCUCCAGUUCUGUAGUGCAAAGUGUCUGAACCAGUAUAAGAUGGACAUAUUCUAUAAAGAGACUCAGGCUGCAUUGCCAGGGGGACUGUGUAACCCUUCUCUCCCUGUGAGUGAUACUAAAUCAGAGAGCAGAGCUGGUGUACAACUCCUGACACCUGAGUCCUGGAGUGCACCUCUAAACGAACACCGCAGUCGUAAGGCACCGUCACCAGGGGGUGCCACCUCUGUAGCCAGACCCUCUGGAUCCACGUCAGGGUCACCAUCCGAAACUGGAACUGUUUGCUCAUCCUCAUCCUCUUCAUCAUCGUCAUCAUCAUCUUCGAAAAUUCCUACACCGCGGCCACAUGAGAAUCCUGCAUUACCGGCCCUUCCCCCAUCUCAUUUAGCGAGUUUACACCCAGGUAUGGGUAUGCCACCUGGCAGCCCACCGAUGGUCAUGACACCCCGUGGCCCGGUCCCUCUGCCUCUCUUUAUGGAGCACCAAAUGAUGCAGCAUAUUCGCCCUUCAUUUCUGUGUCCCCCAGGCCCCAAUAGCCCCCAUUCUAAUCCUAUGAUUCCAGGCAUUGGGCCACCACCACCUCCUCGGACUUUUGGUCCUCCAUUGAGUCCCAUGCACCGCUCGCUCCUCUCUCCUCACAUGCACCCGUCCUCAAAUACAACACUUCCUGGGAACCCUCCAGGUAUGUUGCCCCCUCACCCUGGCGCUCACAUGCCAGCCUUGCCUUUUCCCCCAGUUAACAUGAUGCCUGCUGGACCCAUCCCAGUUCCGCCCUAUAUGAACAUCGGCAUGCCUUCUUUGGCCCCUUUAGUGCCACCACCUACAUUAUUAGUGCCGUAUCCUGUGAUUGUGCCAUUACCAGUCCCCAUACCCAUACCGGUGCCCAUACCGUUCAGUCCAAAAGCAACUGGCGAUCGAUCAGGAAAUGACGGAACACUUCCGAAUGCUGCAAAUGAAUGCAGUGAUUCAAGGGUACCACCCUCAUUUUCCCCCGGCUCCUCUAGAGGGGAGGGGAGAGACUUUCAACAAGCCCCUCCCACCUCAGAUACACUCUCGCCUGGCUUUUCAAAGCAGACUGAGCAGGGCAGGGCAAAUGUUGUUGAUCUGAUGGUUAAAAAAGAAAACUCUAGCAAUGGAAGCUCUGGAAAUUCCCACAAAGAAACACCAGCAGAUGGAGUCAUUGAUCUAACGACCAGCCGUCGCUCCCGGCAUCAACAAGUCAUCCAAAGGGCAGUAACCUGUGUUCAGAUAAAGCCCGAACCUGGAAUAAGCCCACCACCUUUGCUUGGACCCUCACAGUUGGGUGAAACUGGGUUGGAUGGGACAGCCAGUACAAGCACAGGCAUAAUAGAAGAUAUCCACAGAGACAGUAACUCUGAAAGCCCAUUGGCUAGUGUGGCACUGCCUUGUGCUGAUCCCUCCUACUGCAGUGGAACUCCACCUCUUUCUCAUCCAAUCACAUGCAGCACUAUCACUGUUCCUAGCAACCUCACCACAACUAAAACGGAGCCUGGCUCUGCUAUGCCCUGUAAUGUGAUCGUUAAUGGGAGCUGUAAUGUGCCAUUUGUAGACGGUUCGAUCAGGACACCACCAUUAGAACAGCGCCCCCUAGUGGACCCUUGUCGCAGGACCGCCAAUGUUUGUGAUGAGUCUAGUGGCGCAGAUCUAGAAGGAGAGGACCUGAAAGAGAACAGCUGCUUAGCUACAGAAAAAGACUCGGCAGGUAAGAGAAUCUCAAGUGACCAGUCUGCCAUUACAACAGGAACAGGGGAGGACAAAUCUCAGAGCCCUGAAGAUCCCCCAUCUGGUGAGGACCAUGCCUAUGCCCUGCCCUUAAUGCCCAAACCAGGCUGUGUCAUUCAGCCUGUGCCCAAACCUGCUGACAAAACUGCUGCCAUCCUGCCAUGUGGCUUUACAGUGCCAUUAACAGGAUCGGUGGCUAUGGAAUUGGAGCCUCCGUUGAAGAGAAGGUGUCUGCGUAUCCGCAAUCAGAACAAGUGAUACAGAGUGCAUACAGAUGUUAACAUCUUACCAAAGGGAUAAAGAGCACAACACUGCAGCAGAGACCAUCGGCUGUCCACAGACUCCUCUCCAGUCCAGCCAAUCAAGAUGUCAACCUUGUUUUCUCCACUUUUUCAAACCUUUACAUGUACUCUGACAUAACAUUGGUCAUCCUGAUUGGGCAGCUGUGUGCUCCAUCUCCACCCCUUUUGGCUAAACAGACGAUGUGUUAACCUUGGGAACCUGGGGAACACUCGCUGGAAGUGGUGUUACAAUCUGAGGAGGACUACACUGUACAUAAACAGAUUUCCAAGAAUUGCCAUAGGGCCAGAGGGCGGGUCUCAGUCCAAACGAUCAGAAUAGAUCGGCUAGACUGCCAAUCAAACAUGCUCAUGAAUAAUGACACAGUCAGAUCUGGAACAGGGCCAGUCAAAUCCUGCCACAGAUGGAUGGGCUUGGUUGCUGCUUUGUGUGUGCAUUCAAAGAAUCUUGGUUUAAUCUGUCUGUUCGUUUGGGGUCUGAAUCACAUGCCAUUGCUAGUAAUUCAAUACCCUUAGUCAGAGAGACAAUUUAAAACCAGAGCUGCUUUUAAUAUGGACCUAAAACUCUCUGAAUACUCUCUCUGCUCAAAUCUUUCUCUCUGUCCCUCUUUGUUCCCCUGACUCUGUGCAUCAGUAUCUGCAACACCAGCAAUACCCUCUGUGCUAUUUCUUAACUUCUAUCCGUUCACGCUUUCUCUCCAUUCUGAGGUGUUCAGGAACUGGGCACCAAAAAAAGACAGGAAGAGAGAAAAGUACACACCCUAAAGGGAGUAAAAUCAUCACAGCAGGAGCACAAAAACAGAAGGAUGGAGUGAACUUUCAUUUAAUUCCAUCCUGUUAAGAAGCUGGAAACUCAUUCAACGUUGGAGCAGCCCUGUUGAAAAGAUCAGUUUAGACUGUGCUGGUCCAAGCUGGUUAGUGCUGUUUUGGUUCUGACCAUAAAAAUGCUGAUCAACCAGCAUGGCCUUUCAGGUGAAGAUGGCUGAGGAAGUCUCGCUGGUUAAGCUAAUUUAGAAGUGUGUUGUGGACACCAGCACACCAACAUCCUCUGCCAGGGACCAGCAAUUCAAGUCUUUUCAACAGGGACGAUGGAAGGAUGGCAAAAAAUUAGUCAGCACUACUACGUAUUUUUGUGCAAUUAACUUACUCACUGAUUUGAUUGAGGAUAACAGGGUACAGACCUCACCAAGCAUCUUGGCGAACUGUUGAAUAGGCUGCUGGCUUUACUGCCAUUGGAUUGGAGAAUGUCCCACCACAUGGUAAAAAGAGUGAGCUGAUAUGAGCUUAGUUUUAUCACUGUCACUCUACAUAGUUCAAUAAAGAGCAGGUCUAGCUCUGCUGGUGGGUUGUGAACAAUGUAAAAUACUUCUUGUUUGAAAACAGUCAUUAUUUUUCCAAUUGUUUUUGGUGCUGCUAGAGACACAGAAAUUUCACACUUCACCUCUAAAUUUUAAAUGAGAAAGAUCACUCCUGGGUUUCCUAUUGUUGUGCAAUCACAAUCAUUUGAGCGGUCAUACAGCAUCUCUGUGAGCAGUGAGAUGGUGUCCAGGAUGCAUUCCUGAGAUUCAUUUUUUAUUUUAUUUUUAAGCUUGAUUUUUUGCCAAAUCCUAGUCAGUGCUAAAUUAUAUUCAGCAUUACUUCUUGUCCAUCUACGGUAACAGAAACUGUUUCCUUUACAGUUCCAAGGUGCCUGAGUGUAGAGUUCACUUCCACUGGAUGCCAAGAACAUUUUACUGAAAGAAAGACUGGGUAGGCGAGGUGGACAAAGAGCCAAAAUCAUAUUUGUUACAAAGAGUAAUGUAAGAGCUGAGUGCAUGGUUAGCAACUAUAUUGAUCUGUUUUUGUUUGGCUAAACUAGAGGAGUGAACCUUAAAGUCAAGCAUGUUUAUGUGUGGGAGAGAACGUGUGUCAAAUUUUGAAACUAGUUACAGCCAAAAAAAAGAGUUAAAUUUGAACAUUCACAUUAGCCAAUUUAUUUUAGAAAAAAGAAAGGUGCACAAAAUCACAGGGAGGAUUUAAAAAAUACACCACCUGGUAUACAAAAUAAUCAGAUGAUUUUACAAAACUGAUUACUACACUCUAAAAGGCCAAAUAUUUCAGUUAUACAUGAAAAGAGGAAGACAAUUUAAUCUGUAUACAAGAUAUUUGUUUUGUUUUAUAUUAUGUUAUGUUUUGUUCAGUUCAUCAUGUUUCUUCUCUGAUUAAUCUGCCCAAAUCUAACUGUCAAAUUAUGACCCAAAUCUCCCCACUUUUGCCUUUAACCUUUACCUCUUCUCUAUCCCUCUUCCUCCCUCUCUAUCCCCCUUACUAUUUUCUCUCUGCUCCUGGACGAUGUACAAAGAGGAGUGAAAUCCUACCCUAUCCCUCUGUACUUUUUCCUACAGGAUUCAGUUUCGCAGUGGUGUAUUUUUUUAAGAGUAGGCUCAGAGGUCUAAUUGUGACUGGUUAGAGUAAGUACUGUAUUUCUCUCUUGGGUUUGCAUGUGCCUGGGUUUCAUUCCAGUGUCAGAUUUUAACACACACACACACACACACACACACACACACACACACACACACACACACACACACACACACACACACACACACACACACAUUCCUGUGUCAAAUGUAGUUUGUCAGUGCUGAUACGGCUGACUGACCAUCUGUCUGGAUGGAGGUGUUACAGAGAACAGAUUGCUAAAAAGGGCAAAAUUUCAGAGAAACACACACACUUAAACAACCAAGCUCAGUCACUUAUUCAAUGUGUUUGGUGUAUGAAUCACUGUGUGUUUUUGUGUCUAUGUGUGUAGGGGGAGGCACAUCAAGGGCUGCAUGGGACACACAGAGGCUUAGUCUUGGGAUCUGAGAUUAUUUACACUGUGUGUGUGGUGCAACCAAACGUACGUGUCUGGAUUGGUUGAGAGGAGCCAGCAACAGCAUUGCAUGUUGCUCUCAUUAUUGAAUCAAAUAUCCUCCCUCUCUCCCUCUCUAUUUCUCUUUCUGUUCACUUCCUUAAAUUGAAAUGACUAUUAAAGGGAUAGUUCACCCAAACAUGACAAUUCUGUCAUUUAACCUUCCUUAUGUUGUUACAAACACACGUGACUUUCUUUCUUCCCUGGAACAAGCCAGGAGAUGGAAGAAAAAUAACAGCCUCAGUCACAUUUCAAUUUCAUUGGAUGGAAAAAAGAACAGCAUCAAUAUUUGAAAAUAAAAUUCUCAUUGUGUUCCAUGGAAGAAAAAUAUAUUUGGGUUUGUAUCGACAACAGUGAGAAAAUGAUGACAGACCUUUAGUUUUUAGGUGAACUGUCCCUUUAAACACAUUGGACUUACUGAAAUUACUGUGCAUAAAGCUGCACGCGCCACACAAACACCACAUACUUCCCUGUGUGUGUGUGUGUGUGUGUGUGCGUGCGUGUGUGCGUGUGUGUUUGUGUGUGUCUCUGUGUGUUGCAUGGGAGAGAUCAUUGCACUUAUGGUAAACACUGUAAAACUCUAUUGCAAACAGGCACAGUGUUCUGCAUAAUAUUCAAAACAAGCAUAAUGUCCCUCAUAAGGUUCCAAAGCAGCUUAAACCAGCCUGAGGUUGUUUGGGGGUCUUCCAUCCUGAUCAAGCUUCUAUGAUGGCUGGUUUUGGAGGACUUUUCAGCUGGUCAUUCUGGGAGCUAAACCAGCUGAGCUCCAGCUUGUCCAGCCUGGGCGACCAGCUAAGACCAGCAAACUAGAUUAGGCUGGUUUAAGAUGCUUUUGUUUUUUGUUUUUUAACAGGGGUCCAAAUUGCCACUAUGCAGUAGUUGGCACUUACUUUAAUAUAGGGUUGCCAUACUGAUUUACAGAGUCAGUGGCAAACAGUGUGUCCACUAGAGGGAAGUGAAGUCCGUCUUGUUAACAAGCUCAAACCAGUGCAAUCAAGAGACCCCUGGAGUUAAAUGACCUGAAAUAACAAACCAUAGAGGAGGGUUUGCUUGAGUGCAAUACUGUAAUCCAAUAGUGUUUCAAAGGAUCUAGAAGAGAGUUGCCUGUUUUAGUGGCCAAACUGACUUUCAGCCCUAAGGCUUGGUAGACAGAGCAUUUAGGUUUUUUAUUCAGUAAAAUUAGUCUGAAAAGUUGGAAAUCUUCUGUUUAAUCAAAGAGGGGAACAUGAGCACUGCUUUGGCGAAGCCACAAGCAGAAACAACAUGGAGGUACAGAAACCCAUAUGCCCAAAUACCAGCAAAACCAUCUUUCACAAGCAAUGUUAUACAGAUUAAAACAAAACGGUACAAUCCAAUCAAAGCACUUGCACCCCACCUCACCUCUGCUUUGAUGCUGUAAAAUCAAUAGAACAGGCGGGUAUGAAUUUUCACAUAAAUCAACGUGUGAUUCAAAGAGGUCAAGCAGUAGCCAUGUAAGAAACAUGUUUUCCUACCAUUCCUGUUGUCGGAAUAAAAUGUCUUUGUCAGCAGCAAAAAUUAUGCAACAACAAAUUCUUAUAUCUGCACUCUGUGUGAGAGUCAAUAGUCUAAAAUAAAAAAAAGAAAAGCAGUUUUUAAGGUUCUAAUGUUAAAAAUUUUGAGCUGCCUUAAUUCUUUUUGUGCUCUGUAAUUAAGAACGCCUGCUUGUUUAAAUAUCCCACUUUGUAAAAAAAAUAAAAAAUAAAAAAAAAAACAAACAAAAAAAAAA